UGAAAAUGGGAAUUUUCUUCUGUCGUUUUCCAGUGAAACAAACAGGAUAUAAAUUAAGCCUACAAUCACGCAAGUCAAAUCUCAAUUGGCGCCACAGAUACAUAGAAACCUCUUUCUUAGUACUUAUUCCAAAGGAAUGGGCAGCAGGUUCAAAUCCGUCCGGGAAAAAACUCAUUUGUCGGUUCACUUCUAUCCGGCUGAAACAUAUAUAUGCAUGUUCUUUUGUUGUGACGUGGAUGGGAGUUUUUCGACUCCUAUGUCAAGCAGAAAGCAGGAGGCUUCUCUUGCUGAUGGCUAUCACAUUUGCUUUAGUUUUAGCAGUUCAAUAUUUUGAACUUCCAUAUACUGAAGUUUUCACAUCUCUCUUUGCUGCUGGCAAGAAUGGUAGCUUUCCAACUGGUUGGUCAUCAUCAAAGUCUGGGAUGUUUGAUAAUGUGACACUUUCAAACGGUUUAAACUCUACUCAUAAUUAUGCAGAUAAUGAUACAGAAAAUGGUACAGCAGUCUUAAAUAUAGACAUAGAAACUGCUCAAGGAAAUGAAUCUGAAGAAAAAGACAGAGAUCUCAAGAAUGUAUAUGUAUCAGAAAGCAAUGAAGGUUCAAAUAAUUCUUUUGGCUUACUUUUUAAUGGAUCUUCAUCAGACACUCUUAUAGCUUCGAGUAUAAGCUCCACAAUGGAGAAUGGUGACAAUGUAGUAAAUGCUCCUGUCUUACAUGCAACACCAGAGCAGCAGAAUGUUACUCAAGAUUAUAAUGCUUCAACCAGUAGUGGAAGCUUUGGUCGUGAUUUUGCAGCACCUGCAUCACCACCAUUGAAGUCACCAUCCAUUCUUCCAGAUACAAAAUUAAGAAGCAAUAUGUCAUCUGUGAACACAUCAUCGGUGGGCAAAAAUACCACAAUUUUGCCUGAAAAGCAUGAAGAUCCCAAUUUCCUCAUUAGCACUCCUGUAUCUGGAAAUGUUUAUUCUGAAAAUACAGUUCCUGCAGUAACGAAGAAAGGAUCCAAGAAGCCUAAAAUGAAGUCCAAGAAGCAACCACAGAUUGUUGUCUCAAUAUCUGAGAUGAAUGAUCUGUUGUUACAGAGUCAUACUUCACCCCAUUCAGUGGCACCACCACUGUCCUCAAAGGUACAGCAGGAAGUAAUUUUUGCAAAAUCACAGAUUAUGCAUGCACCUGUAAUGACAAAUGAUUCUGGACUUCACCCAUCUCUGUAUCGUAAUGUUUCCAUGUUUAAAAGGAGUUAUGAACUUAUGGAGAAUAUACUCAAGGUUUACAUCUACCAAGAGGGAGAAAAACCCAUUUUCCAUCAAGGAAUACUUGAAGGUAUAUAUGCCUCUGAAGGAUGGUUCAUAAAGCUCUUGGAAGCCAAUAAAAAUUUUGUCACUAAAGACCCUCAAAAAGCUCACUUAUUUUUUUUACCAUUUAGUUCUCGGUUGCUAGAAUUAACACUUUAUGUACGCAAUUCACACAGUCGAAACAAUUUAAUUCAGUACAUGAGAAACUAUGUAGACAUGAUUGCAGCAAAACAUCCUUUCUGGAACAGAACCGGUGGAGCAGAUCAUUUUCUUGUUGCUUGUCAUGACUGGGCUCCUGCUGAAACAAGGGGACGUUUUCUCAACAGCAUCAGAGCACUCUGCAAUGCGGAUAUUGGAGUAGGCUUUACCAUAGGCAAGGAUGUUUCUCUUCCCGAAACAUACGUGCAUUCAGCUAAGGACCCUCAGAAAAGCCAGGGAGGCAACCCUUCUUCCCAGAGGCAUAUCCUUGCUUUCUUUGCAGGGAACAUGCAUGGUUAUGUGAGACCAGUUUUAUUGAACUAUUGGCGAAAUGACCCUGACAUGAAAAUCUUUGGCCCCAUGCCUCAUGUGAAGGGCAACAUUAACUAUAUUGAGCAUAUGAAGAGCAGUAAGUUCUGCAUAUGUGCAAGAGGUCAUGAAGUGAAUAGCCCUUGAGUCGUGGAAGCUAUAUUCUAUGAGUGUGUUCCUGUUAUAAUAUCUGACAACUUUGUGCCACCCCUUUUUGAGGUUCUACACUGGGAAUCCUUUGCUGUUUUCAUCUUGGAGAAGGAUAUCCCAAGCUUAAAGAACGUACUCCUUUCCAUCUCAGAGGAGAGGUACGUGGAGAUGCAUAAUAGAGUGAAAAUGGUGCAACAACAUUUUCUUUGGCAUGCUGAGCCUGUAAAAUAUGAUUUGUUUCAUAUGAUUCUUCACUCCAUUUGGUAUAAUAGAGUUUUCCAAACAAGAACAGCAUAGAUUUGUUGUUUCAUGUUCUGACCUUGUGUAAACUUGUCUUUCUUAAAUAUAGAGUUAACAGGUCAAA